UUUAGAAGUGAUUUUACCAUAAGGGAGACCAUUUCACUUGAUCAGAGCAUAAGUUUUUCCAGGCUUCCAGCCUCUAGGGGAUGGAUUAAGACUACAGAACUAUAUGGUUGAUCUUCACUGAAAUCAGGAAGCAGGUUCUGGAAUUGGAUAUAUGAUGAGUGACUGGUGGAAUGAAAGGAAAAACUAAAAAAUGGAUGAUGGGGAAGUGGAGCUUUCUGAUCAGGUCUUCUUACAAAAUCCAGAUGUUUUUGGUGAUGUCCAAGGAUCGACCUAUGUAGAUUCAUUGCUUGACGAACUUUUAAAAAACUCUACAACAUGUACUCACACUCACACCUGCAACCCACCCGGUCCUGAUGCGGCUCAUACUCACACAUGUUACCAUACACACACCCAAGUUUUUGCGUCCGAGGAAGAUGACGAGUCAAAUGAGAAAGAGAAGGAUGUCUCUAAAUCUAGAAGACCUCCAGGAAACAGGGAAGCAGUCCGGAAGUAUAGAGAAAAGAAGAAAGCCCAUACAGCGUACUUGGAAGGAGAAGUCAAAAAACUGCAUGUACUUAACCAGCAAUUGGUUAGGCGAUUACAGGGGCAAGCGGUGCUUGAAGCCGAGGUCUUGAGGCUAAGAACCCUUUUAAUGGAUCUUAGAGGGAAAAUCGAUAUCGAGUUGGGUGUUUUUCCUUUACAGCAGCAGUGUAGUUCUGCCAUUAAUUUUAAGGUAGGUGAUGAGAGGGUCAAUUCUGUUGGGGGAACUGAUACUGGUUGCAAUACUGAUAUUCCAUGCCUUCAUCCACAAGUUGAACCAUCUUUGUUAGCUCAAUCUGGUGGAAGCACAAAGAUGAUGGCCACUUGGGAUGGAAGCUGCCAACCUGCAAUCAUGGACUGUCAGGCAAAUCCAAAUAGUCCCCUGGGCCAAAACAUGGCCGCUGCUGAAGGACAUUCAGAGAACCUGAUUCGAGAAGCAAUGGACACACUAGAGACCUUGGUCCCAUCUGCAUCUCAAAGCUGAACAGCAAGAGUAGAGGAUCUAAUCAAAGUCUUUGCUGCCUAUGAAGCAUGAAGUCUUUUGAUCAUCCUGCCUUGGUAUUUUGCCGAAGUUUGUGAGUUAUUAUAGGCCUUAUUCUCGUUAUAGUGAACACUAAAUGUUACUUCCCAAAAGGUUAAGUGUUAUGAUAAAAUUUCUAGCGAUAUUGUAUCUUAUAUUUAGUCCAACAGAAAUCUGUAUUUGGUGAGAAAAAAUUUAGUUCCUGUAUCUCAUAGAAGCUUUUAGUAAGACCUAGUAUGUACCUGACACCAUCUUUUUAGUUCAAAAUUAAUGUAAAAUAUAAAUAUAUUGUAUUU